GCGCAUCUCCACUUCACCUUCUCGGAUCGAAGCUGCAGCCACCAGUACGGUGGAGUAUGACGAGUGAAAUUACGUCUGAAGUCGUCGACAUCGUUCGCAGACAUGCGGCCGACCGAUGGCGUCAGUUUGGGAGAACUCUUUUACAGACUGAUACAGCGGGAAUUGAAAAUAUCAUCUCAAAGCUAAGUGGCAACGAUCCACACGCUCCUAGAAGUAACGCUGAAAAGCUGAAGCGAGUUCUUGAAAGUUGGAUUGAAAGUGAAGAUGGGCCGACGUUAGUUCAACUUCGAACUGCUUGUUUGCGGGAGAAUAUACUUGGAGGAGUCGAGGUGACGUAUGCAGAACUCAGCGGAAAUUCUUCAGAACAAGACAUUUGGGUUGAAUCACUUCAUUGGAAACGUAACUUCUUACAUAGCCAUCUCUGUCAAGCAGUAGUGCAGAAUGGUGGGAGUCGAUGGCGAGGAAUUGGCCGAAAUAUUCUUGGAAAGAGCAACCAUCAGCUGGAUGAUGUAGUUGGUGCAACAACCAUCACCAACAGUCAACUCGUUGAGGAAAUAAUCUGGGCUUGGGUUGAUGAGAAUGGUGAUGACGCAACACUCUCCAAACUAAAACAAGCAUGUAGGGAAGUGUCCAUAUUAGGUGCAGUUGAACAAGAGUUGGCCAUGCUCUUGCAAUAAUGGAAUUGUAGUCAAUUUGUUUUAAUUAACUAACUGUUGUACUAAAAUAAAGCUCAAAUUGUCUGUCUCGCAGAAAUCGGCACGCACACUCGGCACGCGAAGGGAAAGG